CAAAGCAGGAGGCAACAGACUUCACAGCCCCAACUUUAUUCCCUUUUUUUAAAUUUAUGUGAUUACCAAACAAGCCCAGUGGUUGCAAGUGGGUUGGGACGAAGACCCAACAAGUGAAACCUAUCAGCCUGUAAUCGCCAUGCGUGUUGCACUGCGGCCACGCAGUGGCUGCCUGCUGCUCUGUCUGGGCCUGUCAGUGUUCUCACUGCUGCUUCAGAGCCUGUGGAUGCCACUCGAGAUGACCAGCGAUGAAUCUGCUGGGAGGUCAGCCGAAGGCCAGGGAGUGGAUUUUCGCGGGCUGGCGCUUCGCUUGGAGGCUUUGAGUUCCCAGGUGCAGAAGCUGAGCAGAGAGCGGGAGGCCGACCGGCCCGCAGAUCAUCUCACCGUGUUACUGCAGAGCUUUAGUCAGGAGCGGCAGAACCUGGUCCAGCUGCUGGAGAGAGAGCUGAGGAGAGUGUCCCAGAGGCUGGAUCAGCUCAGCCGUCAUCACCACCAUCACCAUCGGCCCCACGCGCCCUCCACAUACAGACCACACACACACGCAGGACCCGCUGAGGAGUGCGACGUGCCGGCGGAUGCUGCGUAUCCGGCGUGUGCAGAGAAGGUGCAGUUCCUGCAAACCCGCUGGCACUCAGACCCCUGUUAUGCCUUUUAUGGGGUAGACGGCACCGCCUGCUCCAUAUUGACCUACCUCAGUCAAGUAGAAGGCUUCUGUCCCCCACAUCCUAGACGGAACCACUCCGCUCUCCCGUGGCACGAGACGCCUCAGCCUCACAGAGAGAAGGCUGAGAUCCGUACAAGCCUGAGUCACUUGUAUGAGUCCAUCCGCAACACCAGUGGUCCUGCAAUGAGAUUCAUCCGGUCCAGAGUGGAGCGAAUGUCUGAAAGGUGGAUUCAGGCUGGUCUGAAAAUGAGGCAAAGCAACAGGACGGCGCCGUUGACUCAGAUGAGGGUGCUGCUGUAUCCCGGUGCUCUGGCUGGAAGCGUCGGCCAGCAUUUUGAGGGCAUGGUGGAGGAAGGCGGUCCUCUGGGGGAGCUGGUCCAGUGGGCCGACCUCAGCGCCUGCCUGACCAUCCUGGGCCAUGACCUGACCUUCAGCACCUCCCAGCGUCAGCUUCACAGGUUGACAGGUGCUGCUCCUGGCCGAGGCAGCUGUCCAAUCCAGAGGCCCCUGACCUUUGACCUCAUCUAUACUGACUACCACGGCCUCAACCACCUUCAAGGAGCCAUGGGAUUAGCGUUCCAGUAUUACAAGUGCCGCUUCAGAAUCCUGGACUCCUUCGGCACCGAACCCGCCUUCAACUUGGGGAGCUACGCGCACAGUCGCGGGUUUCAGACGCUGUGGGGCAGCUGGGGCCUCCAACCACUGCAGUACAUGACCAUGUUCCCUCACACGCCUGAUAACUCCUUCCUGGGUUUCGCGAGCGAAGAGGCGGCGAGGGAGGGGGAGUCCGGGCCCGACUCCCACAGGAAGCACAGGAUGGCGGUGGUGUACGGCAAACAGCACUACAUGUGGCAGGGUAAAUCCGAGUACGUGGCGGCGAUAGGCGAGGAGCUGGAGACUCACGCCACGGUCUACCAGCCUCCGGGACGCGCCUCCACCUUGCCCGGCUUCGUCACCAACCACGGCCUGCUGACUCAGCACCGCUUCCUGCAGCUCCUCCGCAGAGCCAAGGUGUUUGUGGGCCUUGGCUUCCCCUACGAGGGGCCGGCGCCCAUCGAGGCCAUCGCUUUGGGCUGCGUGCUCCUGCAGCCGCGCUUCGACCCGCCGCACUCAUCAGAAAACAACGACUUCUACAAGGGAAAGCCCACCACAAGACAAAUCUCCUCCCAGCAUCCGUAUGCUGAAGAGUUCAUUGGUAAACCCCACGUGUGGACUGUGGAGAUGAGCAACAGGACCGAGGUGCGGGAGGCGCUCCGAGCCAUUCUGAGCACAGAGGUGAAGCCCUUCACUCCGUUUGAACUGACCUGCGAGGGAAUGCUGGAGCGACUUCACGCUUACAUCACACACCAGAACUUCUGCAGCCCGUCCGCCCCCGCCUGGCCGCCCGAGAGCGCCCUGCGCCUGCGCCUGGGCCCGCUGGGCCAAUCGUGCGCCAGCGCCUGCAGACGCUCCUCGCUCGUCUGCGAGCCCGCCCUCUUCCGCCGCCUCGACGGCGCCGACGCAUUCACCAGGCUCGGGCUCGGCUGCUCCGGCGCGGUGCGCGAGGCCAGCCACCUCUCCCCCGCCUACAGCCCGUGGGGCCGGCGCUGCAGCCUGCAGCUGGACCCCCUGCUGUUCAGCUGCGCAGGCGCGGCUCCCUCGCUGCGCAGACUGUGUCCCUGCAGAGCUCACCUCCCUGGGCAGGUGGCCCUGUGCCCUGGCUGCCUCUAGGCCUCAGGACCAGCAUCGGCACCAAACCAGACAGUGUUCACACUUCAAGGCCUCAGGUACAGUAACGUCUAGUCGCAUCGGAUCAUAGGCCUUUUAAAUCCACUGCCAUUGUUUGGGCCAUACUCUCCCACUCCAUUUUUUAGUGUUAUGAUAAAUAAUAGGUCUAAUCGCUGGCGGGACGUGCUCGCUGUCGUACGUCACCCCGGUCGGACGGCGUGGUGUGGGAUCACUGCUCAUGUAACCCCUCGGUGCGUUGCUGGCCGGCCGCGAAUAUUAGCCCCGUCCUCAGAGGGGAAAGGGUGACAGCUUAAGUGAUGAGGCUCAUUAUCUGAGUGAAUCAUGGAUAACCUCUGGGUGCCUCUGGGAGGUCACGGCCGCCCGACGAUGAUUAUACUGUCAUAUAAACCACUGGUUAUGAAGCAUCUUUGACUUAGGAAACCCCCACAGCUCUGUUUAAAUCAUGCCCCCCGCCAGUACCCGCAGAAACGCACUGUUUAUCUUUCAUACGCGUAUUUAGUCACAUUUCAACUGGAAAAAGGCACUGAAGGGUGGAUUAAUUAUGUUUUCUUCAGCUUUUUAAAUAAAAAUUGCACCUGAAAUGGAUUUUGAUCAUAACAGAUGACUCAUUUUGCCCAAUAUUAUUUCCUCAAUGCCUCGAGACACACAGCUCCCCCGAAGGCAUCGAGCGCCAGCUUUGAUAUGAACCAAAGAGGCAACUUCAUUUGGGGGCGUUUCACACUCGAACGCAUCAGCAUGAGAAGCAUUUCUGAGCGUGUCACAGGCAAAUCCCAUCAUUAGUGCCUGCGGAAACAGCUUGUGAAAACAGAUUCUGAGCCCCGUUGGCCGAGCUGCAGCCUAAGUGAUGGGGUGGUGCGUUUACAUGGCACAGCUGUUCGCUGAGACGACUCCAGGACCAGGAUCAGGGCUGCGGCUGCAGGACAAUGUGAUUGACUAGUAAAUAACAAUCAAAAUGGAGCGGCCAUGACUGUAGCUGACUCCAGUGAAGUCAUUUGGCUCCGUCAACUGUGACUCUUGUCUCACAAGCACGACGGUCCAAAGAUGAUAAAAAGGAACUUUGUCGAAAAAGCUGUUUGGAAUAAAGAAAAAUAAACAGUGUUUCUGACUCACAGGGACGUC